CACACUUUCUCUAUACAGAAAUGUGUAAGAAACAGCAUAUUGAUCCCCACACAUUCACUGAGGGAUUGAGAUAGAAUGAGAGAGAGACAUAGAGAGAUGGUGUGACAUUAUAAUCACUUAUUCUCUUUCAUAAAGUGACGAGAGAAACAGAGAUGGCGUGAUAAACACACAUUUAUUCCCUCGCACUUAACAAACGGCCCCUAUUGUGCUGUGUGUGUAUCCGCGUGUAUCCGUGUGUUAACACAAAUCCGCGGGACGAAACUCAGCCUUCCUAGAAUCAUUCCCCCGCGAGUGUGUAGGUGUGCGAGACUGCCAAUAAAAACGUGUCCGCGACACCGAAUGGACCGUAGUGCUCUGGAGGGAUUAACGCGAGAACACCGGAAAAGAGAUUUCAAGCAAACACCUGCGAGGCUGAGGAUGACGCAUUCCUGGAUAGUAUCGCUGCUGGUUUGGACCGCGGCAGUUUUAGCUGUGGGAUCAGCACUCGUCUCCUUCCCCAAGCACAGGCAGGUGGAAGAGAUGGGAGACACUGUUACCCUGACGUGUCAUACUGAUUUUAAAGGUCCCAUACAGUGGACACACUCUGUGGAGGGAGAUUUAGACCAUGAGGGGAAAGACCUCACUCUCCCUGACUUUAACGAGGCCAUGACGGGGACGUACUCCUGCUGGGAUGAAGGCCGGCUCCUUCACAGUCUGCACGUCUUCCUAGCAGACAUUCCCGACAGUACAACUCCAGAACUGAAGUGUUGGGCUGAGAACUACAACUGUUCCUUCCAGUGCUCUUGGGUUCAUCCACACUACGCAGCUGUACGGCUGAGGAAUGAACGAGACAGUGGCGAGUGGGUGUCCCCGUCCUCUGAGGGGGUGUUCCGAGUGAGCCACUCCACUGACCACAGCUCUGAGGACCUGCGGCCCCUGAAGCUCACCCUGGAGGCCCUCAACCAGGAGAGGAUCCUGCAGCUCAACAAGACCUUCUACCUGCGCGACAUCAUCCACCCACCCUCCCCUAAGCUGCAGUGGAGUGUGUCAGCGGAGGGGGAGGUGCUAGAGGUGGACCUGCAGCCGGCAGACAGCUGGGCCACACCCACAAGCUACUACCCCCUGGAGUAUCAGAUCGAGUACCUCAAGAAGGACAAUGGCAAGAAAGAGCAGCAGCUGUGCUGUGAAGAAGAGGAGAAGCAGUGCUGGACUGAAGUGAAGUGCCAGGUCCACGUUCGUGUCACCAGGUUCCGUGUCCGUUCCCGGGACCCUCUGGUGAAGUCGCACUGGGGCCAGUGGACGUCCUGGGAAAAUGUUGGGAAGAAGGGAAGUAAGAAAGGAAAAAAUGGA